GACCGCGAGCUCGGCAUGUGCCGGAGCCUCGCCGCACUUUCCCAGCCCCCCUGCCAGCAUGAGGGGGAUCGGAGGGAGGGAGGGAGGCAGCGAGCGGGACGGGGCGAUCGGCGUCCGGCAGCAAACAGCCGCUGCGGAGCCUCGGCUUCCUGGAAGCGGAGCGCAGCUGGGUGGUGGACGGCGGCGAUAAGCGGCGGCUAUCGGGGCCCUCCCGGCGGCGCGGCCUUUCCACGUCCCCCAAGGCCGCCGCAGCGCUGCGGGACUGCAGAGGGGACGGGUAGUCAGCAGCUGGCCGGGAGCUCUGCGGAGCUGAGCCCGAAGAGCCGGCUCCGGGAGGAGAGAGAGAGGCAGCGGCUCUGCUCGCUGCGUCCCGGCGAAACUCCGGCCCGGCCCCUGCGGUGAGAGGUAUCGGGGAGCGGCGUGGCGGCGGCAGAGGGGCGGUGUUCGAGAGCCGCGGGGCGACCGGCACCGCACCGGUCAUUGCCUGUCUGGAGCAGAUGGAAGAGUAGAAGAAGCAGGACAACGUUUACUCCAUCUUUUUUACUUGCUCCUAAGUAUGUAUUUAAAUUUUGGGUCAUGGCUCAGUUACAGUUUGCUUCAGACAGAGUUUAGUUUCCUCUUUUAAUAAAUUUCAAGUAAGUUGGGCCAUAUGGAAAUUGACUUGUUCAUCAAGCAGAAAAACUUGAAAGAAUUUAGAAAAAUAACAUUAUAUAUUUCUUGAACAUGGAAGCUUGAACCAGAGACACAGUACAGCACCAGUGCUCAAAACUCUUGGUUCUGUCAUCUCCUUUAUUGGUAACAAGACUUAAUCUGUCACUAACCAUGAACAGCUGUCAUAUGGGGGCUACACCUUUUAAUGAGAGACAUUGCGUAUUCUUUUUGGAAAGGCUUUAAUUAAAACAAAAAACAAAAGCAUAGAAAGAUCAUUUGUAGGGACAAUAAACAAUGCAACAUAUAUCUGAGGGAACAUUUUGUGCUGAAUGGAGUUGUCUAAGAAGGAUGUGGUGUCUAAUGGAACAUGAAUAUUCCAAGCUUCUCGCUUCUGUUCAUUUCUCAUGCAGUUGCCCACUUACAUGCGGCUGCCCUGAUUUCUGUGGAGUGGAUGACAUUAGUGCUACAUGUAAUAGUGCCAAAACAGGGAGGAGAUCUUACAGAGGGGCAGACCAAGCUCACUUCGGGCCUCAGGUCUGGAGAGAAACUUUUCAGAGAUGCAACAUUUGCGGUGUGGUAGUGAGCAAUGAGCUUGUUAAAAUUUUCCUCUAGUUAGGUUCUGGAUACUGUUUAGAGGAAUAAAAAGGCAUCCGUGAGUUGGCAGCUCCUUUGUGUCUAUCCUGUGUGUCUGUGCAGUACUCUGUAAUAGAGUCAGAAACUGAAGUGAAGGAGUGGCGUUUCUGGUAAGAGCCUGGAGCCAAGAACAGGGAAAUAUAGGCCAGCAGCGUGUUAUGCAAUGGCGUUCCCUAAGGGGCAGUAUUAAGACGAGAUGAUUUCCUUCUGUCAAGAUGAAAAACAGCAGCAAAGUUGCUCUGCAGUGUUCACCGCAGCCCUGGGUUGCUCCCUUAGGAGCAGUCCAGGCAGGGGCCUGGGACCAUGUAAAUAGCAGAUCCGCCAAUAUCGUUUUAUACUCUUCUGCAGCUAAUUCCUUCCUAAUAUUCCUUUGCAACAUCCUUCCUUAUAAAGAACCUGAAAGGUGGAGUACCAUUAUAGCUAAAAAGGAAGUCAGUCUACUUGGAGGGGAAAGUUAGGAUUUUAAUGUAUCUCUCUCUCAAGAGCUGAAAGAGGGAUGAUGUAGAGUUAUAGUGCACCGGGACAGAACAGAGACUCUGGGUAUAGAAAGUUACACAAAAGCUGGGGAGUGAGAAAUGGCUUAGAGGGGCUCAUAAUUAUGCCAUUUGGAUGAAAUGAACAGUGAGACUAGAUUCUGAUCAUAAGAUGACACCUCUGCUAGUACAAGAGAGACGUAUAGGUUGGUUUUGGACUUAGCAAUUUUUAUCCACUUUUUCCAGGUUUUCAAUUUCUGUUAUCAGUUUAUGCUCCCUAAAAGCAGAUUGUUUUAAACCAAUGUAUCUUCACAUACUCGGUGCCUGAAAACAUAAUUUCUAUUCAAUUCAACAUUUUAGGGGGGAAAAAAACCUACGUGCACCUUUGUGCACAAUGCCACCCUGUGAUUUUGAAGAAUGAUAAGCAGGGACUGCUGGGCCGAGGUACCCUCUUAUAUUAUUUAUUUAUUCAUUUGUUACUUGCUCUCUGUGAAAUUUAAUUUUUUAAAAUCUUAUUUUACAUUGUUCUGUUGCAUUUUGUAUAACCGUACUUUUAAAUGUUCCCCAGUUUUGGAAAUAUGUAACUUAUUUCCUUUGUUCCUCAUUCUUUAUACAAAUCUAGGAUCUUUUCCAUUGUUGAAAAUUGCUUGUAAGCAGUAUUGGAAUCUCUCAGCAUAUGCAGGAGGUACGAACAGUUAGGUAUGCUUAUGAAAAAGUUCCACCUUAUUUUAAGUGUCCUGGAAGAGAAAUCUUACAAAACCUGAUCAGUCUUGGAACUGAACUAUUCAGCAUUGUCACACAUUUGAGUUUUGGCAGGUUCACAGGCACGUAAUGGCCAAACAAGAUCUGCCGCAAAGAUAAGAAAUUCACUUCCCUCUGGCAUUCCUUAUUCAGGCUGAACUCCAGUUUUGGGUGUGGAAGGAAUGCAGAACUGGGCCUAGAGCUAGUGUCUGCACAGGUUAGAAGUGAACUUUCAAUGUAAAAUUUGGAUCUGAUUCUGCAUCUAUAUUUUGCUGGAAGAAUACAGACAUUUGAAUCCAGGUUUCUCUUUUGGGUGUUCUUUGGGGCUGAUUCAGUCCUUGUGCUUCCAAGCUGAUCCAGGCUUCUCUGUAAUUAGUUUACAUCCCUUCUGUUUGAUUCUGUGAGGAGAUAAGUAAGUCUGUCUUUAGGUAGCAGAGAUUUCCCAGACAGAUACUGUAAACGUGAAAUAUAGGUACUUAGAGUUUUCUUUAAAAUGUCCUUUGGGCCUGAAAUGUCUUGUGCUUGGUUUCAAUCCAGUACUGAAUAAGACUGGAAAGUCUGAAUAAUGUCAGUUCAGCCACAUUUUAGUUAUUCAAGUGCAUUUUAAAAAUAUGCACUUUCCACUUACAUUUUUUCUGUAAUUCUUUGCACUUACAUAACCUCUGUGUAAAUUGCCACAUUUGGGAAGAGGAAAAAAGUCAUCCUUCGGUGCUAGGACUCAACAGAUAACCAAAUAGGGAGGAAACUGAGAGCCCCCAGUGUGCUUCAGGGUCACAGUGUUUACUGUGUUAGAGCUAGCAUGAACAGGUUUAUGUUUCUAUUAGUGCAGGCAAAAUAUGAUGAAAAUAACAUACAGUUUUUCUGUGCACUGAAUUUCCACUGAAUUUCUGCAGAGUUUACGUUCCAUAACUGAAAUUUUGCAGGAAGGGUUUAGAGCAUUUCUCCAGAUUAUGAGGAAGGAUUUUGCUUGAUGAGAUCUGUAAAGUUAAGGCAGUAGGCCAUCGCUCUCACAGAUUUGAUACACAGUUGUUCUACAUGCGUACGUACCUGACAGAGCAAUUACAUUUUUUAAAAUCUGUGUGAAGAUGUGGCUGGUGCGUGUUUUAUACAGAUAAUUCACAGGCUUUUCCCCAUUUGUGAAUGUUCACAGUUACUUAGCUAUAUUAUCUAUUGUGUUUUUUUUCUUUUUUACAAUGGAAGAUUAAAAAAAAAAAAAAAAGCAGUUGAUGUGGAUGGAUCAUGUUUAAUUCCAUCAGUAACAUAACAGCUCUAACAUCAUUAUGUUUUCUGUGUUGACAUAUCCUAACUGAGCCUUACUGUGUGCUUUAUUUCAUGCUUUUUGUACAUGCACACGCUUAUAUGAAAACCUGUAAUUAUAUUUUUGUUAUUCAGUGUCUGUAAUGUGAGCCCACAGAGCAAUAUUGAAGGAACUGGCACCUUUCGUGAGAGUCCUGUAUGUAGGCUGAUGGGAAAUGCUACUUUGAUCCACAACUCCCACUGAAGGAAACAAUAGAGCUAUCCCUUGUGAAACCCUGUUGGGAGUCAUUGGAUCUUAUUCCUAAUUCCACUGGGGCUGAGUUGUCCCUCCCUUUUUUUUCUGGAGUGUUCGCAUUCCAGUGUGUUCUGCUGCCAGCAUCAUUUGUUAACAAAUGAAGAAUUUAAAUAACCUUAGAAAAUCAAUGCAAACAAACAUCAGAACUGCAAAACAAAUGAGUAGCAGCCCAAAGUAUCUUAAAAUUGUUUGAGCAUGAGUUCUUCAAGAACAAUAAUGUAAGUCUAAGGCAUGUGUGCUCUGAAAGAGCUUUGGAAAAGAGCAUAUACUGCGUCUUCUGGAAAAAUCUCUGGUCCAAACAUACUUUAUACCCAGACCGACUUUGAUCUCCAGAUCUGUAGUAAUAUGUGGUGAAUCUUUUUCUACACUGCUUGUGAAUUUGUCUCCAUUUCUAGAUUAAUAUAAAGCAGUAAGCAAGUAUACUGUAACCUAGAAUUGUCAGAUUAUCUUUACAAUGCACUAUGCCUGUAGCUUAUUGUAAAAUAUCUUUCUUGAGUAAACCAAAUCAUUUGGAACAUAGUGCUUUUUGUCUAUUAUAUCGAAGGUAUCGUGUCAUUGCUGCUGUGUGUCUGGAUUUAAUUCUGGAUCUGGAUUUUUAUGUUGCUGGGGUUGCUUGUCAGUAUGUGCAUUUUGUAUCUGAAUGGCUGUUUGUGAAUUUUGAGGAGUGCCCAAGUGAUUUUCUUCCAAUACAGUCUCUGGCUGUACAUUCUUGAUGGUUUUGUCGAGGAACACAAAUUUGAGUUCGUAAGAUCAAUGAUCCGUGUACUGAUUUUUGGAGGGUCAUACUGCAAGUGAUGGAAAGCUGCCGGGGACAUAAGAAGAUAGAAGAACAUCCCAGGGCCACACUGUUCUGUCAGCCUGGCAUGGUUCUUCAUUAGCAGAAAGGCUUGUCGCUGUGGUGCUUUUCAGCUUUCUGGAUGCUGCUGCCAUCGUAUCGGUUUCAUUUGGCAAGGUGUGUGAUCACUGUCUUCCACAAAUGAUGCCUACCUGAGGCUAAAGGUCGGGUCAGUGCACAUGUGGCUUAAUGUCACUGGACUCAUCGCAAUACUGUGGUAUUUAACUGUUUUGCCUGUGUGCUCUCCUGAAAUGUAAAGCUAUUUGAUUGUCAUCUCAUCCAUCACUACAGCUUCUUGGAUUGUCAGUGAAACGAUAGCUGCAUGAAUAUAAACUAUGCAUUUGGCCAUCUGUCUUUGUUUUAGAUCUCUUUGCAGCUCUAUGAACUGUAACUAAACACAAACCUACUGUCAUUUUCCUGCAUACCAUGUUCUGAAAGUGACUGUUUUUUUACCUCAUUCUUUUAAGACAGUAGGAGCUGAUGAAUUAAGGAUCAGUAUGUACAGUGAAUUGAUUUGACACCUCCCAUCUUUUUCUCAUUGGUCAACAUGGCUGAUUUAGCAGAAGAUGUGUGUAUAGAAGCUGUUAGAGUGCACAGUAAAUUUAGAUAGUGUAAGUAUAAAGGGUGCUGAUAGAAAGUACAGCCUUGCUGGAUUGUUUUGUUCCUUCAAGAAGCAUCUUAGUAGUAAAUAAUACCAAUAUUUUGAUAGAGUGAGGUGCUGAUAAUGUAGCUGUACACUAUUAUUUACAUUAUCUACAGUCUACUAAUACCUAUCAAAACUAUUCUAGAUUUAUUACACACCCUAAGUAUUCUGGAGAAGCUCUAUAGAAAACUUGUGUUAUGGAGGUUCUGGCAUAGCUAUGAGUGCUGAAAGAAAUGCUGAAAUAUAAAAUUCAAAAAGAUUUAGCUCCACUAGCAAAAUAAUCAUCUAGAAUACUUCUUUUGCCAGAAUUACCUGCAUCUUUUGGGGUAGAAGAAGAAAUAAACUGUCAGAAGUUCUCACUUAUCUCUUCUGUGGGAAUUUUGUUGUCAUACUUCAGCAUAGAUGCAGAGUAAAGUAGUCCAAGAUCUAAGGAAAACUGUGGGAUAUGAACCCCUAUGCAGCUGUGACUGCUAGUUAUAAGAAAAGCUUUGAGUCCUCGGGGAGCAAAGACUGGAGUUCAUGGUCUGUGAAGAAGUUUGAGACAGAGAUCUGAUUGAUAUUUUCUUUUGGUGCACAAACUGUUGUCACAUUUGUUGAUGGUAUUCACAACAGUUCAAGGGACCUUAACAUUGGGUUAGUGUUUGGACUAAGCAUGGUUUCAACUCAGCUGUUUCUGCUACUGAGCAACUUCUGCUUAGCACUUCAAGUAAUGUCUAUCUUUUCCAGUGAGCAGCUUAUGCUCGAUGACUGUGAAGAGCCCGUCGCUUCCAGGAAUGUAUUAUCUCUGGCAGAAGUCUUGUUAAUGUCAGUUAUUGAUAAGUGAGAAGGUAAACGUGGCUCAUUAAGAACUGCACUUUCAGUGCUUUACCACUAGUCUGUUUUCAUGCACACGGCAGACCUCCAAAGAAAAAUUCUUCUACUGUGCGUUAGUUUUUAAAAUCAUUUUUACUCUGUGAUUUUGGUUACCAUUCAUCUACUUUUUGCUACUUUCUAAAUUAGAUUUUGUUUGUUUGUUUGUUUUUGGUUGGUUUUCUUGUUUUGUUGUUGUUUUGUUUGUUUGUUCAUUUGUUUUUCCAAAUUUUACUGUCGUGAGAGAGAUCGUUUUCUUGUCUUGCUAGGAAUACUUUUAAGAAAUACAUAGCAAGUGCAUUAACAAUUCUAAGGGGUAACAAAAGGGAGACUUCACAUACCAAAACAGACACUCUGUAUUUGCUGACUGAAAUAUUUGAAUUUAAUAGCAGUAACAAAAUCACAGGGCUGAAGAAAGGAAGUUUGUGGAGGCCAAGGCAGAUGUGAACUCCGUAAUCAGUUGUUCUGGUGGAAGGCAUCACCACACUCCUUCAGAGAUCUUUUGUCAGAGCUCCUUAUGUCAGCUCUCCCUAUGCAACUUUCAGGAAAGUAAAUGUUUUAGAAUAAGCACUUGAAACAGUAGUCUUUGCUAAGAUAACAUUUUUAGACUAGAAUAGGUUUAAGGGGUAGUAGGUUUUACAGUAUAGAUGAUCUAGAUCUUUCAAAGUCAAACUAUGUCCAGAAGUGAGUCUGUGAGUUUAACUCUUUUGAUUUAUGAGUUUGGAAAGUAUACUGUUGCAAUUCUGUUCAUCCAAAAGUAUCUUCCAGGCAGAAUCAGACUGACAAAACUUGAAGAUCUGUUUAAAAGUAAAUGUAAUCUCGUUUAGGCUGCGUUUUGAUUAACUAUUCAAUUUACCAUAUGUAUCCUAAUAUACAUUGCUUUGUUGGCUGCUUCCAAAGCAAUCUACUUUGGAGUGUUUAAUGUUUAAGAACCAAUUAUCUCAAUUUUGUUUUGUUUGGAUAGUUUGCAAUGAAACAUUCUUUCAAGUGGGCUUUAUUUAGCUAAUUCCAUUACAAAAAGAAGAUCUAGGAGAAUGAAGAGAAGUUCAAGCUAGCCAAUGUUUAUUUUUACUAUUAAUAAUUUAUAUUACCAUAGUCCCCAGGGGAGGAAGGGCCCCACUAAGCCCACAUUGCUCUACAUGUAAUGACUGUGUCUCACAUAGCCUUAUACAGCAGAUGAUUCUUUCUUGCUGCUGUGCGUCUGAUCUGUGCUAUAAGUGAGCAGAUUGAUGAACAACAUAUGAAGACAAAUCAAGAAUUUUUUCUUUUCUUUUUUAAGUUUAGGCUAGGAAUCAGAGGGGAAACCUGAUGCAUCUUUUUAUACAAAAUCAGAACUGAUGCAUCUUUCCAAUGGAGCUAAAUUGUGAUCACAAGUUUCUUCAUUCUCUGAAUGUGUCUUUAGGAGCAAGUUUAGGUGGAGGUGCUAAAAAUGUUUCUGAACUAGCAGCAUACGAUUCCAUAUUUUAAGGCCACACUGGUGGGCCAAGUCAGUUUAAAAAUUAUUCACUUUCACCAAAUGUUCAUCAGAAGCUGUGGUUUUUGGAGCAUCUGAUCUGAUCUCCCUUCUGUUUUACAGAAGCCUUGAAAAAUGUGAUUUAGAGAUUCUUACUCUUGCUGAAUGCAAGGACACAGAGGACCAGAUCCUGAACUUCUAUAAACAGGUCGAUUUCAAUAAAGUUACGGCAGUUGAUGUCAAAUGAAGAUCUGGCCUUCACUUUAUGGGAUACUCUCUUGAGCUGCUGGAUGGAACUGACACUGGAGAGAGCCUUGAUGUCAGCACAGCUGUGCAGAUUUUGUCAGUGGAUUUCCCACCCUUCUCCCCCACCAUUCUUUUCUGCACUGUUUCAAAAAUUUCAAAUUCAAAAUCUAGGCAGAAAUGUUCCUGUCCUGUCUGUUCCAUAUCCCCGCCCUCAUUAGUUCACUUUAAAGGGAGUAAAACAUCUGUUUCCAAGUACAGCUGUGUGGAAAUGCACAUGGCAUUGGAGUGUCUACAGAAAGGGAACUUUGGCACAGAACACAGUGUUGAAUCCAGCAGACUUACUGAUUGUGGUCAUGUCGGUCAAACUCACAUUCGUCUCUUCUGGUGAUGGAGGUGGUAUCAGUAGGAGUUGUUCCUUCACUGGAUUCAGCACUGUGCAGAGCAGAAAAUUAGCAAAGUCUCUCAGCAGAAGCUCAGUAAGAUCAAGAAUGUCAUUGAAAUCCCCUAAGGCUUAUUCUUCACUGCAGAAAGGGGCAGUCAUCUGGGAUCCAAAACCACUGCAGGUGAAGAAAAUUUUUGAAGCUUUGAAGAAAGGACUUAAUGAGUACCUAGAAGCACAUCAGGCUGAAUUGGAUUAUCUCUCUGAUCGACACAAAGAUACAAAAAGGAACUCCAGAUUGGCCUUCUACUAUGACCUUGAUAAGGUAAGCACUCAAAUUCGCUCUGUGGAGAGAUACAUUAGAAAACUGGAAUUCCACAUAAGCAAAGUAGAAGAACUCUAUGAAGCUUAUUGUAUCCAGUGCAGACUACGAGAUGGCGCCACUAAUAUGAAACGUGCCUUUUCCUUGUCUCCUUCCACCAAAGCCUCCAGGGAGAGCCUAGUGGAGCUCUAUAAGAACUUUCAGGAGUGUACAGAGGACAUGUGCUUCAUAGAAGGGGCGUUAGAGGUCCAUUUAGGAGAGUUUCACUUGAAGAUGAAAGGCUUGGUGGGAUUUGCACGUCUCUGCCCAGGUGACCAGUAUGAGGUUUCUGUGCGACUGGGGCGCCAAAAAUGGAGGUUGAAAGGCAAGAUCGAGACUGAUGACAGCCAAACGUGGGAUGAAGAAGAAAAGAUCUUUAUACCCAAUCUCCAUGAGCAGUUUGAAAUCAAGCAGGUGACAGAACUGCGAGGACUGGCCACAGUUCUAGUUGGUGUUGUGACAUGUGACAGCAUAAACUUCUUUACAGCCAAGCCUCAAGCAAUCAUUGUGGAUAUAACUGAACUGGGCACUAUCAAGCUACAGCUGGAAGUCCUCUGGAACCCCUUUGAUGCAGAGAACCUGUUCCUGUCACCUGGAACCACAUCCAAGUUUUCUGUGGGUAGCAGGAAGAGCUCUCUGUACAACUGGACCCCUCCAAAUACUCCCAGCUUCAGAGAGAAGUACUACCUGUCUGUUUUGCAACAAAGACAGAACCAAGGGGAUGUAAGUGGUGAAGCUCAGCCUCCUAGCAUAUUGAGUUACUUGGCUGCCUGUGAUUUUGGUACACACGAGAGAAGUAAACCUCACAGUCCUGCAGAGACAAGUGAAGGAGACUCGUUCAGCUCUGAGGAUCAGAGAGGGACAGAAUCCAGAACUACACUUCCAGCUCUAGACCAUAGGACACUGCCAUUGAUGAUUAUUCAAGAGACUUGUGCAGAAGAGCAAAAGCCUCUUCCAAAUCAUGCAACUCUAGAUAUUCUGAAGAAGACUCCAUGUGUGGACACAUUCUCAAGUAACCCAUCUAGUUUCCUGAGUCGUGGAAAAGGCGGUAGAAGUUUAAACCAGACCAGAAGUCGCCAUCUGACAGAACAAGAAAGCAUUAGCCAGAGAAGCUUGAAUGCUGCAAAUGAUGUAAAACUGGAUGGAUGUACAAAGUCAAUUGACAAGACUCUCCAAGAAGUGUUUAAUUUGCUAAAAUUCCAUGGUGUUGGUCAAGCCCAGCUGGAGAAGUUGGAAUACCAAGUUUUAACUUUGAGGGAUAAAUUAAAGCUAAGGACACUUCAUCACAAACAUUCAUCUGUGGAAAGUUUAAUGGUGGAGACGGUGCUGGAAAGUUUUAACUUCUUAAAUGCUGACUGUAGUGCUGAUGAGGUUUCAUUAUUUGGAAGCAUAAGAACAGCCAGUAUCAGCAGCACAUACAAUGACAACACAUUUCAGUCCCUGAGCUGUGAUGUGAAAACAGAAACAAGAGAUGUAACUACUGGAGAUGACAACUUAGAUGUACUUUUAAUAACUCAUCUGAAGCUGUGCAAAGCUCUUCUGCAGAAACUGAGGUCACCAAAUGUAGCCCAGAUCAUCCAAGAGAAUGUUUUGGAAGAAGUGUCAGAGCAGUUGCGAGUCCUGGGGGAUGUCUUGGAUUUGUCUGUUGAAGAAAUUAUUCAGAAGACUAAGAAGAAGAAGCACUAUCUGAAGAUCUGGAGUGAUGUUGCAGAACCUGGCAGUAUCUUCUUUGCUUCAGCAGAAAGAUUCCGUCACGUACUGAAGUACACGUUGGCAGUCAAAGUGAAGGAAAAGUACCCUGGCCAAUUAGAAGCAGUUUUGCGAAGACUGCUAGAGCAGAUCGUCACCUGUGAUGGCUUGCUGCCUUCUCCAUAUCUCCAAACAGAACCAGUUACUUUAUUCCAAUUUUACAGCUACCUGGAGAAACACCGGAUUACAAGCCUGGAAAAACACGUAGGAAGACUUGCUAAAGAAGUGAUGCUAAUUGAGGAGCUACAGUGCCCUGGACGGCUGAAGACCCUUAAAAAAUUGAAAGGGAAGCGUCUGAAUCGGCUCCAGCCUCUACCGCAGACUUUGCGGCUACUUGGGAUUUUACAGCUUGAUGACAACCACCGCGUCAGCAAAGCAGCCACAUCCUGCCUCUCCCGUGCAGCAGCAAACAAGAACUUUAGGGAAAAGGCUCUCCUUUUUUACACUGAUGUUUUAGUUGGCUGUGAUACAAGACUUCAGCAAGCUGCGUGUUUGGCCCUUAAAAAUCUCAGAGGCAUAGAGAGUAUUGAGCAGGUUGCCCACCUGUGCCAGUCUGAAACAGAGGAUGUAAGGAAUGCAGCCAGAGAAACAACGCUGUCCUUUGGUGAAAAGGGACGACAAGCCUUUGAGAAAAUGGACAGGAUUUGCUGUGAAUUGAGGGAUGCUGUGCAGCAGGAGGCUGAAAUUGAGAUCACAGUAUUCUAGUAGUGGAGUAUAAGGAGCUAAGUCAUUCUUUCCUCACAGCUACUUAUGGGUACCCAAGGGUUUACUUUUGUUGCUUAUCAGCAUCUUUACUUUCACUCUGCUAUGUACAUGCUGCCUACUGACAGUAGUUUUGUUUCCAAGGUGGACACAGUUUGCAAUCUAAAUCAAAUAGACUGGAAUCUUUGUUUUUUAUUCUCACUUUCAGUAUUGAUAAUCUGAAAUGCUGAAGAAAAAACAAACUGGGGUCCGUAAGAAUGUCAAACCAGGCUGCAGCAUGAUUGAAGCCUACGUCACAGAACUGGCUGCGCCCACACAAACUCAGUUGUGUGCCAUCUGUUCUGUUUGCAUUUCUGCAAAGAAUGAAAUGAUGGAGCUCCAAUAAUCCAUCUAGAACCUUGCUGACAGCCAGUUGUUUACAUCAGCUGCCAUGUGAAUUAGAAAAUCUAGCAGUAUUGCUUGCUGGUUUCUCUUUUUUUAAUAGAAUUUUGCUGCAGAAGGAACAAUGGCUCCUUGUUUCAAAAGCUUUUUUUUUUUUUUUUUAAAUCAGUGCAACGUAGGACAGGCUUCUUGAGCAGGGAUUGGCAAGGACAAAUAGUGUAUAUCCUCUGCAGCUGACAAGGGGAAGUUAUUUAUCGUAUUAGCCAUGUACAAAUCAGACUGCCAUACAGGCAGAGCUGUGUAAGCUUUUUAGGAAAAAAAGCAUUUUCUUCCUUUAGCCAUACGUCAAGGUUUGUAUAAUCACAUGCCCACUGCCAGGCUCCUUACUCUCCGCUUAGUGCAGGAGAAAGUGGUAACCAUGAUGUGAAGUCUGGCUACAGGUAAAAUACUUGAAAAGGCUUGUGUGUAUAUAUUUUAUAUAUAACACUUUUUCUAUUCAGUAUUUAUUUGUUGGAUUUCAUACUUUCUGGACUUCUAAUAAAACUUUUGAGACAAACCCUGCACGUCCUUCAUGUGGCCGUAUGGACAGAGCGAUGGGGAGAGGUGCAUCUGAACAGCAAUUUAGGUUCUGCAUUCCAAGCCAGGCUGUGUGUCCACUAUAUACUUCAUCCACCCCGUCCUAUCUGCUCUGCCAGCUUCAGGCUUGUGCAGUCCAAGCAGGCUGGGCUGCUGCUGUGCUAUCAGUAUUGCCUUGGAACGUGCAGCAUCCUGAAACCCCGCAGCUCUUCUCUCCUGAGCUCUGAACUGCGGAGUUCAGGUCAUGCUGCCGCAUAGCAAGCUUUAACCGCACUCAGAGGCGGUCGCUCAUAGAUUUUGUAACUCUGCUUUUCAUUUGCAGAUUUAUUUCCAAGCAGGGACAGGCGUUCCCCGCUAAGUUCCCUGCAGCCCCGGCAGCUGCCGCCCACUCCUCUCCUCCCCUUGGCUGGAAGGGGCGGUGAGGGGGGCGGGCUCUGAGUGCAGCGCUGCCGCAGCUGCUUCGGCGCCGCUUUGUGGAACCGCUGAAAAAUCUCGAGCACUUCUCCAGUUGUAGCUUUCUUAAAAAUCUAAACAAAAAUUACGUUAAUUCGAAGAGCAUGGAAGUGCUGCGAUCCUGUAGUCCUUCCCUGGCUAAAGCACAACAGAAACUCCUGCACAAACUUGUACCGGAGGCACGGUGAUGUGUAUAUGACCCCAAUCCCUGAUCCAACGUACUAAAGUGUUGGAGGGGAGGAUGAACGUGGCAGGGAGAGGCACGGAACGGGGCACUCCUCUUCCUGGAGCUCUGACCUACAAGCGAGCUCUGACAGUAACGCUUCAAG